AUGCCUGGAAGUAGCCCAAAAGGUCCUGGAAGUAGUCCAAAGGGUCGCUCGUCGCCCGUGUCCGAGCACGCUCCCGAACAGGAACAGGUCAUUGAGGCGGAUGACGAUGUUGGAGACAGCGAUGCCGACUCUGCCUUGGGACCGGAUGCUGAAAGCUCCACCGCCUCGAUUACAUCCAGUAUUCUACAGUACAGAACCAUUCAUGGGAGGACGUAUCACAGCGAGAGAGGAAAUGCCUUUUAUUGGGGAUCUAAUGACGAAAAACAAAGCGAGGCCAUGGAUAUCAUUCACCAUAUGUGGACCCUAGCUCAAGACGGACGACUUUACCUAGCGCCUCUUGAGAAGGAUAUCGAGAAAGCUCUUGAUAUUGGAUGCGGAACUGGUAUUUGGGCAAUUGACUUCGCCGACGAGUUCCCUGGCUGCGACGUUAUUGGUACCGAUAUCUCGCCAAUUCAACCCUCUUGGAUUCCCCCAAACCUGAAAUUCGAAAUCGAUGAUUGUACUCAAGAAUGGACCUUCACUCCUGGAACCUUUGACUAUGUUCACAUCCGAUAUCUAGUUGGUACCAUUCCUGACUGGACUGAACUGUUUAAGCAGGCCCACAAGACUCUCAAGCCUGGCGGCUGGCUCGAGAGCUUUGAAGCCUCACCUACCAUUGAGAGUGACGAUGGAACAGUUACACCCGAGUCGGCCAUGGGGCAGUGGGAUAAGAUCUUUAUCGAGGGAUCCAAGUCAAGCGGUCGAAGCUUUACUGUUCUUGCCGAUAAUCUGCAGAGAAAGGCUAUGGAGGAGGCUGGAUUCGUUGACAUUGAGGAGUGGAACUACAAGUGCCCUAUAAGCCCAUGGCCAAAGGAUCCUAAGCUCAAGGAGAUGGGUCAGUUUGGACAGCUCUUUGCCACUCAGGAUACCGAGGGUCUGUUGACUUUUGUGGCCAACGCUCUGGGUUGGUCUAGGGAGAAGUUUUACGUGUACAUCUCGCAGUUCCGCCGCGAGAUUCGUGACCGAAGAAAUCACCCGUAUUUCAGGAUCCGGGUUCUUUGGGGUCGCAAACUAUAG